AUGGUUUCAUUCAAGUGGCUCCUCUUACAGUUCACUUCCGCGCCGCCACUCGCCCAUGCCGCCGCAAUUCACCAGCGAUCUGACGACACCAGCGUAUCCUCUCCCAUCGUCGACCUAGGAUACGCCAAAUACCGUGGCGUCAGGCUAGAUGCAGGAGUAGAUCAAUUCCUAGGCAUGAGAUUCGCCCAGGCUCCUCUGGGAAAUCUCAGGUUCCGCGCACCGCAAGAUCCAACCCCCGAGGAGUCCAUCCAAGAUGCCUCCAAGUUUGGCCCCAUAUGCGUAGCCGUCAGCCAAACAGCAGAUGCAAACAACGCAGAAGACUGCCUCUUCGUCAACGUCUACAAGCCUUCUGCAGCAACACCCAGCUCCAAUCUCCCCGUCUGGGUAUACAUCCAAGGCGGCGGCUACGCACAAAACUCCAAUUCCAACUACAACGGCACCGAAGUCAUCAAGCAGUCUGGCGAUGGCCUCAUCUUUGUCAACUUCAACUACCGCGUGGGCGCUUUCGGCUUCCUUGCUAGUGAGCAUGUGAGACAAGAUGGCGAUCUCAACGCAGGGCUACUCGACCAGAGGAAGCUUCUACACUGGGUACAGAAGAACAUUAAGAAGUUCGGCGGCAACCCAAAACACGUCGUCAUCCAAGGCGCUUCCGCAGGCGGAGGCUCCGUAACACACCACCUCACAGCCUACGCAGCCAAAAAGGACAACCAGCUCUUCGUCGGUGCAAUCCCCGAGAGUCCCUUCUGGCCAACCCUCAGAACCGUUGCAGACAUGGAGUUUCAGUAUCGCCAGAUCCUCUCCAACGCAAACUGCUCAUCCCUCGACUGUCUCCGCGGCUUAGACACUCAAGCGCUGUUGAAUGCCAGCCCCAAAGAGCCCUUUGUCGGAGCAGCAAGCGACAAUCCUCUACCGCUAUGGUAUUGGCUCCCCGUAAUCGACGGAGACCUCAUCACAGACCACCUGUACAACCACUUUGAGCGCGGCAACUUCAUCCGCGUCCCAGUCCUCGUCGGUGACGACACCAACGAAGGCACAUACUUCGCCUUCAACGCCACAAACCCCUCCCAAGUUGAGACAUUUCUUAAAAACAACUACCCCUACUUACAAGACUCCCAACUGAAAAGUAUUUCCCACGCCUACCCUCUCGAGCCGCCCAUGCCCAAGCACGCAGCCUACUUCCCUUCCGCAGAAGCAGCUUAUGGAGAAUCCACCUUUACUUGUCCUGGAAACACCGUCGCCGCCUCCGUAGCCCGGUACUUUGACCCUCGCCGCGUCUGGAACUACCACUACAACGUCUUGGAUCCGGAUAACGUCGCCAACGGCCUCGGCGUCCCCCACACAUUCGAAACGAGCGCCGUUUUUGGGCCUGGAUACUCAGACACACCAGCAGCAUCCUACUUCACGACCAACGCUGCAAUUGUCCCCGUCACGAUGCACUACUUCCUAAGUUUUGUGACGAAGCUGAAUCCGAACGCGGCCAAGUAUCAUUCGGCGCCGAACUGGGAUCCCUGGGGCCAAGGAACGGGCCAGCGCAUUAGGCUGCAGACGAACAAUACCGCCAUGGAACCUGUGCCGCCUGAUCAGAUAGCGAGAUGUAAUCUUUGGAGGAGUUUACAAAGCUACACACAGAUGUAA